AAAAGAUAUGGGACACAAGGGUUACGUGCACACAGGGGGAGGAGUCACCGGUGCUCGUUGCAAUUUAAUUGGCUCUUAGCUCACAUUGAGUUGUAUAGUUAUCAGUAAUCAUAUUCAGCAUGUUUUGCACAAGAAAUGUCAUCCAGAAAGGGCAAUCUUCUUCCACCGUCAAAUUAUACCACAAAGAUGUCAUGCUCCGAUAGUCCAUCUGGAAAUUCGUUUCUGGUAGACUCCCUGAUCCACGGAAGGGCCGAGGGAAGUGGACACUACUACCAAAACAGCGCAGUCUACUUGCAGCCGAGCUCCGAGUAUUCUUAUGGACUGUCUAACUGUGGCUAUUUCUCUGGACUCAAACGGAACGAGAGCAAUUCGCAAAAUGUAGCCCCUACGUGUGGGCCAUAUCAAGGCAUGGAAACAUGGCUGGAGACGUCGAGGUCCUGUCGCGUCGAACAGCCUAACAACCAAAUCACCCCACGGUCGUUCUCGCCCACCAUAAAAGAGGAAAACUCUUACUGCUUAUACGAGUCUGAGAAGUGUCCAAAAGAGACCAUUACAGAGGACAUAUCGUACUCCCGGCUGACACCAAACUCAUGUCCAUCUAGCAACAAUAACGGCUGUGUUCCGGUGCCUGGCUACUUCCGUCUAUCUCAGACAUGCACCACAUCCAAAGGUUUUCCAGAAAACCAGUCUGUAUCGACUCACGCUGCUGCUCAGCGCUCUACCCGAUUUGACAGCUCUCUUUCAGCCACAGGAGCAGAAGCGAGCAGGGAAGAGAGCGGCGAGCCUCCCACAUGCGCACCAUGUGUCCCGGCAAGAAACAAGGAGCUAAGGGGGUCCACUGGCACCGCUUCAUCCCCAGAACCACCGGACAGUCCGGAGAAGGUGGCCACUGCUACUAAAGCAGGAGAUUCCAAAAGUGACAAUACAGCUAACUGGCUGACGGCGAAGAGUGGCCGUAAGAAGCGUUGUCCCUACACCAAACACCAGACUCUAGAGCUGGAGAAAGAGUUCCUCUUCAACAUGUACUUGACACGAGAGCGUCGCCUCGAGAUCAGCCGCAGCGUUCACCUCACGGACAGACAGGUCAAAAUCUGGUUCCAGAACCGACGGAUGAAGCUGAAGAAGAUGAGUCGAGAAAACCGAAUCCGAGAGCUGUCGGCCAACUUCAGUUUUUCAUGAAGCCUCCUCGCUUUAUAGAUCUCUGGCGCCCUCCUCCAUCAGCUGCAGUGGAAGCCCACUUACAACAACCCGUCUCCGUAGGUGUGUGUCUGUGCACUGCAUAGAUGACUUGUGCAAGAUACUAUUGAUAACUUAUUGUGUGUCGUAUACUGUUGACGUUUUUAUCUGUUUAUGUAUAAUUUUAUUUGACAGCCAAGUCGUCAUUACAUGUCAUGGUUAUUUAUAAACUGUCAAGAGUACUGCACUGUAAAAGCAAGAGAGGAAAAUAUAAGACUGCUAAAGAUGUUCAUUGUACAUAGCAUUCAGUCUAUAUUGUACAUUUACUGUAUAUAAUGCGGUAUUUGCAUGUUGUAAUAAUAACUAUUAUGAAACCGUUUUUAAAUAAGAACUAUAUACGUUUCUUCCUACGACCUUGUUAUGUAGGAUAUUUGCUGUUCUAGGCAUAAGUGAAAAAGUCCGGUUCUUAAAAUGCAGAAACUUAUAAACAUGACGGGACUUCCUGUAUUAUUUUAACAGCAAUCAAAGGUACCAUGUUUUUGGAAACAGAGGCCAAAGAGAUGGACUCGGAUGUAAAAUAAUUAUUACAUGGAAGAAAAUAAAUAAAGGCAUGUAUGUAAAAGUUAUAUUACUUUUAAUUACAAUUAGUACAAAA